AUGUCUUCUUGGGAUUGUCUCACGCGUCGUAAAAGGGCGUCGUCUAGUGAACCUCAUACGCCUCACUCUGCUCCUGCUCGGCAAAUUUGUUUUGAACCACCAGAACGAGAACAAGUACACCGAUUCUCUACGCCAGUCUUGAAUUCUUCACGCUUCACGCUACUCUCUAGGAUCGAAAAAGUAUUUUGGACAACUCAACCAACGGACCAAACAAUGCUACGUCACCGAACUCCAAAGUCGGCUAGUGUGUGGUGCACAACAGCGCUCAACGGUGCGCCAGCACUUGGAGUGCAGCUUCCAUCUCCAAUACGGGCUCAAUCGAUAUUGCUAUACGAUAGGAGUAGCCGCGAGCCCGCUGGGGCAAUGACGCCUACCAGCAGCCCCUUAACCAAGCUGCAAUGGCACCAACAAACACCCCCGUCUUUUACCAAAGGGAUCAAAAGACCGGGAGCCCCUGCAAUGCUCAUUCUUCAAAAGCCUACAAGACCCGAAGCUCAAGACGUGGUCGAUCAUAAAGGUUGUCUCACAUCCGGCCUAAUCCGCCAGUCUCAGUAUGCUGUCGUCUCUGAGGCAGCUCCACUCACAUGCCAACCACAGAUAUCUCCAGAACCGACUCCAAAGGAAGAACUUACCUCAUUUUCAUCACCCUCAAACCCUACUUCUUCCCGCUCUACCAAUUCCGAUGGAACAUCUCCCACCAGUCUUCAUUACAGAUCGGUUCUUCACCGACGGUCUGCAGAGCUGAAACUACCACCCCCUACGCCUCCACCAUCAAUUCCUUUACCACCUCUACCCGCCCCACCAGCUGCGCGGCUUCAUCAAGAAGUUCUUUACUCAGAUAAGAGUAUGGUCGUCCCCCGUCAUUCUCCUCGAUUUCUAAAAGGCAUUGUCUCCGACCACAUACGCCGAGAGCCGACAAAGCAGCCGAGUAGUCUACGUACGGCUUCAUCUCCGCGCACUCCUCCCGACUCAUCUACUCCCAGCAAACCCCCUUUUCCGUAUUCUGAAAACGCGAAGCAAAUACCACCACGGAUAUAUCAUAACACUCCACCACUUCCCACAUGA